AGAUAUGGACAUGUAGAUGUAAAUCACCCUCUCUAAAAUGGCGACAUUCAAUGACAUUCAACCUCAACUGAAGGCUUAUUUGCUAAAGCACAGACUCCCGGACCUGUUUGAGUGUAUAUUCACAGCCCUAGCUGCCAGCAAACCAACAGAUCCAAAUAAGUUCAUACUUGACAAGCUCAAAGAAUAUCAGGAGGGAAAGCAUUUUGAUCUGUCAUGGGACUCAUUCGUCUCUCGCAAGGAUCUACCUCCUAAACGAGUUUUCAAACGAACUUUUAUAGAAAACUUUUUCACCUUGGAAGAUCUUGCUGAACUGGAGACCUAUUUAAGUACAGAAGAUUAUAACAAUCUGAGGUACUAUUUUUAUUUUCAACCAAGUGAAGAACAGAAACGACUGGCAGCUCAAGCAUACAAUGACUCUUUAAUAAAGAAACAUUUCAAAGCAUGGCUGGGAUUCUACAACAGAAAGAAGGAGAAAUGCCGCAAGGCAGAGGAGGAAUGGCAGAGGUCAGUGCAGUUUCACAAACAUAAACUAACGGUCCGGACUUUUCAAGAGUGGUAUGCCUGGAAAUGUGAACGGUAUAGGAGUCAGCAAGAGGCGGCCCCCAUUCUGGCUGACAAGAUGAGACGGAUUUGUUUACAGAACGCGAUUUACACGACUUUCCGAGCUUGGCAACAAGUAACCAAACAUGCCUCCGAUACAAAUAAAUGGUUCAAAAAGUACGAGAUAUUGAACAGUGAUGAUGAAGAUGAGGUCAAGGAUAAGGCAGUUGGACAGGACUUUAUUUCAAAACUUCCUCACAAAGCCAGUAAUAGGAUAUUCUCAUUUCUGGACGUACUCGACAGACUGACUUGUUCGCUCGUGUGCAGAUCUUGGAAGAUAAUGGUUCAGGAUCGGUCUCUAUGGACUCAGAUUGAUUUACAACGCAUCAAAGACAGAACUACAGACAGACUAGUUGCUAACUUGGCUCACAAAUUCCGAUCUUUUCUUUGUAACUUGAACCUAAGAGACUGUGUCAGGGUCACUUCAUCAUCUCUGAGAUAUAUAGGAGAAUGCCGGAAUCUACAAGAGUUGAGUUUGUCAGGGAUAAAGCAGAUUAAUGCUGACGUUGUCAAUGAUAUCGGACUGGGUUGUAAAAACUUGCUUUAUCUUAACAUUGCGAAGUGUUACUUUGACGAUGGAGUUUUGAGGGUCUUAGCGAGACACUACGUGAAUAUCCAGUAUCUCUCCUUAGCCGGCUGCACCGGCUUCUCGACAGCCGGUGUUUAUUACUUCAUGGUCGGACAGGGCCUCCACAAACUCUCCCAUCUUGAUAUUUCUGGAUGCUCACAGAUAACCCACGAAGGAAUGCGAUACAUAGCCAGAGGAUGUCCUCUUCUUCAUAGCUUAGUUCUUAACAAAUUAGCGCGGAUGAAAGACGAGAGCCUCUACUUCUUUACCAAAUAUUGCCCUAAUCUCAGAGCCUUACAUUUAAGGCACGCUUCUUCUCUAACCGAUACAGCGUUUAUGCAUAUCGCCGAAAAUCUUCCCCGCUUAAAAACUCUCUGCGUUGAAGGAAAUCACAACAUCACUGGAGCCAGUAUAAAAAUGGUCGGUAGAGGGUGCCCUGAUUUGGUCCACCUCUUUAUCAUUGAUUGUAUACAGAUGUGUGAUACUGGUCUAAAGGGAUUCUCUGGAACACGUGGAUUACGGGUAGUCAACCUGGGAGACUGUAUCCGGAUUAGUGAUCACGGUGUCCGGAACAUAGUAGACGGACCAUCUGGACCACAUAUCCGGGAACUGAACCUCACAAACUGCCUGCGAGUUGGGGAUACCACCCUGUUCCGGAUAGCACAGAGGUGCCAGAAUUUAGCGUACGUUAGUUUCUGCUACAGCGAGUUUGUCACGGAUGCUGGGGUGGAGUUGCUGGGGAACAUGCAAGCUCUCAGAUCUUUGGAUCUUUCAGGUUGUGCUGUAGGUGACGCCGGUUUAGCAUCGCUCGGUAACAACCCCAACUUCAGGAACAUCUCCCUUUCAGAGUGCAACCAAAUAACGGAUGUUGGUAUCCAGAAAAUGUGCUCCAGACUCCUUCUCUCGAAACGUUGGACAUCUCUUACUGUGUGAACGUUACUGAUUACGCCACCAAAUUCCUCGCCUUUUCCUGUCGAGAACUUGUCAGGCUUAACAUAGCCGGCUGCACUCAGUUGACGGAUACGAGUGUGUCUUAUAUCUCGGGAGGUUGCCACUACUUGUCCCACCUAAACAUGUCCAACAUAACCAACAUGACUGACAAGGCUUUACGGUUCUGAGACGUGGUUGCAAACUUCUUCAAAGACUCAACGUUACUAUCUGUCCUAACAUUACAUAUGGUGCGAUACAGCGAGUUGAGACUGGAGGAUGCGUUGUAAGCCACAGUAUCGAUGUUAAGGAAAUGAAACUCGGUCCCAUUCUGCCUCUCUCUCAGACCCAUAAACGACCAAUGAGUGUCGGCUACAGUAUUUUCCCCAUCCCCAACCACGCGUGACGAGUGAGCACCCAUGAACGAACUGAGUUUAAACUCCCAUUGAUGUUAUUGCUAUCAGUCUAAAUCUAAUUUAUUGAAUACGCAUUUCAAAUGCAAAAUAGGUUAUAUCUGUAUAUUUUGCUUGUCACGCUGCAUAGCAAUUGAUGAUAUUGUUAACGAUGACAUUUGUGUUUUUACAACACUUCCUCUUAAUCCAUGAAUGAGAUGAUGAUAAGGAACAGACAGUACCAUUUUGUUGAACGUGUGAAGAGUCAAAAGUACACAAGCAAGAAACCUAAAGUUCGUCGUAUUUUUCACUUGAUCAGUUGGUCGUCUCUUUAACUUAUUAACUUAUUAAGUCACUUGACUUUGAGUCUAAAAAUUAGAUACGGCAUAUAUAAAAUCAGUGCAACGGCAAAACUGAAAUAUUUAUUUGGGUUAGGGUUUAAAUUUUAAGUGUUCAGAUUGAUAUAUUUGACGUUGUCAUUUCUAUGUAAAAAAUGUACAAUCCGAUUUAUUGUUUUAUGAUUUAUUAAUUGAA